CAGCCGACCAUCACCAUGCCGCCCCGGAUACCCGUCCCAUUGUGCCUGCGGGCCUCGAGCUCGCCGUCGGCCUUCAGCCUCCCGCUGCGCGCCUUCUCGACGACGGGGCCGCUGCACAAGAAGCUCACCUCGCUGGAGCGCAAGCAGCGGUUCGAGCACGACCCCUACGUCGCCGCACAGAAGGCCCGCAAGAAGGCGGCCAACCUGUCGCGCCGCGCCGAGCUGGAGCAGUCGCGCGUAGACAGCCUGGGCAACCCCGUCCGCGGUGUGUCGACGCCCUUCGUGCAGUCCUUCGACACGGGCAGGCCAGCAGGGACUGCCGAGAGCACGCCGGCCGACCACCAGCUGAACUACCGCUUCGACCCCACUGGCAUCGAAUCUCAGCUGGAGCAGAGCAAGCGCCUGGCCGUCCCGCUGAGCGAGCUUGCAGGGUCAGCUCCAUCCGCAGGGCCUCACAAGUGGAGCUCCUCGAUGCGACACAACGCGGCCAGCAACAUCCAGAAGACCGCCGACGAGAUCGUGGCCCAGAACAAGGACGACCACGCCCGCGCCGCCGAGGCCAUUGCCCGCAUCACGGCCCUCGAGAACGGGUCCAGCAAGGACCGCAUGCGCGUCAACAUCACCCGCUGCAUCAACACAUUCGGCCGCCACAACACCGACAAGGUCCUGCCGCCCCGCGCACCACAUCUGAUCAAGAUCAACUCCGAUGCACCACCCGCCGUCCGUCCCGAGACCAAUGUCGCUGCAACAGGGAAGCGCAUUGGGCCGGACACAGGAUCGUCAGAGGUGCAAAUCGCCAUCCUGACCGCGAAGAUCAAGACCCUUGCAGACUUCCUGUCGACACGAGGCAAGGGCGACAAGCACAACAAGCGCAACCUGAGGUUGCUGGUGCACAGGCGGCAGAAGCUGCUGCAGUAUCUGAGGAGAAGGGAGCGCGGUGGACCGAGGUGGCAGCACUGCAUCGAGACACUGGGGCUGACAGAAGGAACAUGGAAGGGCGAGAUCUCGCUGUAAGAUGUAUAUGUUGAGAGCAUUGUAAAUUAGCGGCACGAGACGGGUGUUCGGUGCAUUGCAGUUGUACAAUAGGAAGCAUAAGAGCCUGGCAUUGCAAUUGGCCUGUCGUGGCCCUGACCCGACCACAUACUUGCCUCGCAUGUUGUGACUU